AUGCCGUCGAUACGUCGAUAUUUUCGGAUGCUGGGCAUGGAGAUCCCGCUCUGCCUCUACAUGCUCGGCUCCUACCUCAAAUAUCCGGUCUUCCAGAAUCUCAUAUUCGAAAAAGAGUGCCUCAGAAAGUACGACCAAGUUCGUGUCGGCAUCCUGCAAGUCUGACCCCGAGAAUUUCAGAACGUGACCUUCUGCCGCGACGUCACCGCCUACUACGACGACAAGGACAUCCAGAGCGCUUCUAACCACUUUUACUUCAUCUCCUCGCUCGUGCUCAUGGUCCCUUCGCUAGUCACGACCUUGCUCCUUGGCGCUGGUUCGUCUUGAAUCAAUACAAAGUUCUGAAUAAUUUUCGCUUUGUGUUCGAUUUCUUUUAACAGCUUUGAAUAAGCAAAGAUGGAUACCACCAAGCUGCAAAACCUUUUUUCCAGCGACGGACUACUGGAGCAUGAAGAUCCCUCUGGUGAUCCCUUACAUCGGCUGCAUCGCAGGCUCUGUCAACUACGUCCUCCAGUCGUACUUCCUUCACGCAGACGUCAACCUUCUACUCAUUAGCGAUGCCUUGUUUGGGGUCUGCGGCGGAUUCAUCGCUAUCAUUUGUCCGUUUCAACAUGAUCUUGGUAGUUCAAAGGUUUCUACUGCAGCAACGACGUUGACUUACGGUGUGAAGACGAGUCUGAUCCGGCAUCGGAGCUAUCGGAUCGCAGGAAUCGAGGGCGCCAUCGGCCUGGGCGGGACUAUCGGCUACGCUCUAUCUGGAACCAUCAGAGAGUUUGUCUUCGUUGUUUUAUUACUUCUCAAAAGCCAAUUUUGAAAAAGGAGAAACUGACAACCAGUAAAAUAAUCUUUUGAAGAGCUUGUGGCUACGUGUACACUUUCGUGAUCAUUCUAGCCCUCGAAGUGGUCGCUCUGCUCUAUCUUCUCAUUCUGGCCAAGGAAUCUCAUUUCGAGCCGAUUGAACGCGACUCUGAACAAUGUAUGUUUCUUGACUCUCUCAAAGUCAGCUCAAAAGAAAGGGAAAAACUAUAGUUUUGCAAUCUGCAGGCCUACUUUUGCCUCCAGAAAGCAAUCGGAAAAGCUAUACAGAGCCAGUUGGCACCAUCACUCAUAAUAGACCAGGUUCGAAACCUAAAAAAGUAAAAUUUUGACUCUUUUUUAGUAUCACUUAGAUUUUGUGAGAUGUAAUUUUAUCAAAAAAGGGCAGGUUGAUAUCAAGAUUACGUUUGCAGCGCUGCUGAAAGCGACUGGAAAGCACCUGGCCAACGUCGUCGUCGAGUUCUACAAGGUUUUGAGCAAGGAAAGAAAGUUCCGGGCGGUUCUUUGCCUCAACCUCAUCGCGUUCGGCGUCGAGUUGCUUAUCUUCGCAGGUUCAGAUCCUGUCGAUUUCUGAGUUGCUAUGCGAAAUCCACAGGUCUUGCCGACAUUCAAUACUCCUACCUGAGGUACGAGCUCAAGUGGGGCGACAAGAAGUAUGGCUGGUUCAGCGGCCUUUCAUACGGCAUCACCACUGCUACCGUGAGUUUCAAGGGAAGAGUCAAGGGCCAUUUAUUAGAGACUCCUUGAGGGGCUCCUCUAACCUUUUGAGUUAACACUAAAGAGGAGUUUACAAUUCACAAAAAUAUUCUCUCUUUGUUGAAAAUGUUAUUUGCUCUGACAAAACAAGCUGGUCUUGAUUUCUAUCUUCUUUGAACAUGAAAAAAAGUUUUUUAUCGUAGAAAACUUUCAUGCAAAAAAAUAGAUUUCAAAAAAAAAAAAAGAAAAAAAGACCGUUUCAGUCAAUUUUUUUAUGAUUUUUUUCCACGGAACGGAUAUCUUCGCUGAUAAUUAGCCGAGAAAUUUUCGCUCUGAUCUUUGAAAUUCGUCCUAUUUUUUUACAGAGUUACCAUAUCCACAUCCACUUUCUGCCUUUUCCAGGUCUUGCUAUUGUAUCCAUUGCUGCGGAUGAAGUUCUUCUCCGACGGCAUUUUGGGCUGUUUGGGUCUCACCACGAAAAUCGCCUCCCUGUUCAUGUUUGCCUUCGUUCAGAACGAGUACAUGGCGUUUUCCAUAACAAGUUGGAUUAGUGAUAAAAUCAUUAACGAUAUGAUGAAUCUUCAGUUGUGAUGAUGUUCAAUCGAUUCGUUUCGACUGGUUUCCGGGCUUUCAUUUCCAGCGUCAUCGAAAUGCAUGAACAAGGUGAUUAAAUGCGUGAUUCUUAUAUUUUAGAAAAAGCACAAAUAGAAAAAAGACAUUUUUGAAAAGGACUGAAAAUAUUCAAAUUUCAUUUGCUAUUUUCCGUGCACCUCACGUUUUUCUGAUCAGUCGGAUCCAUUGAAGUACUUACUGAUUUUGAAUUUUCCCUGGAAGACUGCAGUUUUUUUUCAAAAUUAUAAGUUACUAUUCAUCCCAAACUUUCUGACAAUAAGUGUUCAGGAAAGAUCUUCUCUGUGAUUUCUCUUCUAGAAGGCGCGACGUCCCUCGCGGCGACCUCCAUAUUCAACAACGUCUAUCCGAAGACGUUGGACUUCUUCCCAGGCCUGCUCUACUUGAUCAGCGCCUGUUUGCUCAUUAUUCCUCUCACCAUUCUUGGGUUUGUUCUACAAGUGUACCUCAUAUUCCUUCCCAGAAUAUCGGACCGCGUUGUUCGCUCUAGACAGAGUCCAGAAUAUUCUGAAGACGUCCUCGGCAGCCACAACGACGUCAUCGACGAAUCCGAUUAA